AUGCUCGUGGUCGCCUUUGCGAUGGCGUUGGUGUACGUGUUUGAAGAGUGGAAGAGUUCACUCGCACGCCUCGAUGCGAAGAAGUUCAAAGCUGAAACGCCUGGUUGGACUUGGAUCGCGUUCAGCAGCUAUAGAAAGCUGCAGUCGUGA